CAAACAAACUAAAUGGUAGUGUAAAUGAUCUUAAAAGUAGAUAGGCUUAUGUUCUGUACUAGUUGAUCCAUCCUCUCGAUGAACAAAAUGAUAUUCUUUAUUAUAGUACAUCUCCCCGCCCUGAUUCAGCUUUAGAUUUAUUAUCUGAUUCUGACCAAGAAGAUGAUGAUAAACUAGAUCGUAUCUCAGAUAUCUUGUCUACAUUAAUUCAAGAAGCAAAUGAGGCUGUCCAUACAAACGAUAAAAAAACCUAUAAACCUACCAGUGGCAUUCCUAUGGUUAGAAAACUCUCUUCUUCGUCACAUUCUGAACAACACCAUCAGAAAAGAAGAACAAGCCGAGUACCUGUCCGCCCUCUAUCUUACCCGUCUAGUAUGCGAAGAUCUGUCACUACACCACACCAAACGAUGAGCAAUUCUAGUAUCAACAGCAGCAACAAAAUGGUCCUCAGUUCUGUGAAAAGACAGAAUCCUACAGAAAGUGUCCUUUUAGAAUCAUUCAAGAGACUCGACUCUUCUCUUGCGAUGAUAGAUUCCCUCUCUAGAGAUUUGGCGCCUGAGGCAGAGCCAAAGGAAACGAUCAAGCAACCCAUUAGCAUGAUCAAAAAACACAGUGCCUUGUCAUUUGACUCUCGGUUGUCGGCAUUACUUUUGUUACCGUUACUCCAUGUACCACAUUUUGUAGUAUCUAUGGUAUUUGAAUCCAUUACAAACAGCGAUUUUCCUUUAUUUGCUACAAACAAAAGUAACAGUAGUAGCUUGGGCGGUAUGUUUGUUUGGGCUUUUUUGUUUGCCAUCACCAAUUUAGUCGUCGAUAAAGCUAUUAUUUUUUCGCCUUCGAUAAACAACAAUACAGUAGUCUACAACAACAACAACAACAACAACAACAACAACAACAACAACAGCAAUAACAACAAUACUAAGAAAGAGUUACCUGGAUCCUUUCAACGUAUCCGAAUUAGAAGAAAGAGCCAUAGUAAACGCAUGUCACACAAAAGAAAACUUUCUUCUCAGCAUACACAAAAAAUUACCGCUAAUGCAUUAUCUAUGCAUACAAACCAAUCACCUAUUAAACUUACUAGAAGAUAUUCUUUUUAGAUUUACAUAUAUAUAUUUAUUUGUCAAUACUAUUUUAUAAAUAACAAUAAAAAAAAAAGCUUGUAUAUAUAUAC